AUGCAGGUGCGCUGGAGCGGCCAUCUGGUGCGCAUGGACGACGAGCGACUACCCAAACGACUCUUCUACGGAGACGUCGCGACGGGUUCUCGUCGUCAAGGAGGCCAAAUUCGCCGUUACAAAGAUACUCUGAAGUCCUCCCUGAAGCGCCUGCACAUCAACCCGACCAACUGGGAAGAGCUCGCCCGCGAUCGUCCGACAUGGAGGAGAACAGUGAAGACGGGCGCUGCUAUCUACGAAGCCAACCGCAUCGCCGCCGCCAAAGUGAAACGCGAAGUCCGCAAAUCACAACUUCGCCCAAUACGCAACGCCGCCGCACAACCUCUCCCUACGUGUCCUCGAUGUCAACAGACAUUCCGGGCACGAAUCGGACUUGUUGGACAUCUUCGAACCAACUGCACCUCUCGAACUGCUCCAGCCUCUUCCUCGUCCUCUCUUCCGCCAACUAACUCUGACACUCCUUCUGCACCACCACUUCCAUCCUCCUCCUUCUCCUCCACUGCCCCAGCGGUGGCCGUUCAGGCUGCCGUCUCACACAUCGCCAACCACGACACAGCAACCGCAACCACCCCUACCUGCCCUCACUGCGACCGCACCUUCACCUCACACAACGGCCUGGUCGGUCACUUGCGAAUCCAUCGCACAGAGACUGGUGAACCAGUGCCUGGAGCACCAACCUACACCCAUCGCACUCGCCUCCACUGCCCACAAUGCCCUCGCACCUUCCGGCAUCGCAUGGGCCUAUCCGGCCACAUGCGCAUCCACGAGAGCGGAAUUGACCGCAGCCUUGACACACCCACCCCGCCGAGCCCCACUCCCAAUCCAUCACCUUGUGCACCCACUAACCACUCCCCAGCCGACAUCGACGCCACCGACCUUACCACCCCUCACUCCUCCCCUUUCUCCUCCUCUUCCUCCUUCACUGCCACAACGACGGCCACUCUGGCGUCUGUAGCGCAUGACUUGACCACAGCCGCACCUGACACAACAACAGGCACAACCCCUGCAAUCUCCAUCAUCAGACGUGAGGGCCAGGGCUACAUCUGCCCUCACUGCGAUCGCACCUUCACCUCACGCAUCGGCCUGGUCAGUCAUUUGCGAAUCCAUCGCACAGAGACUGGCGAACCAGUGCCUGGAGCACCAACCUACACCCACCGCACUCGCCUCCACUGCCCACACUGCCCUCGCACCUUCAGGCAUCGCAUGGGUCUAUUCGGCCACAUGCGCAUCCACGACGACCUGCGGUAG